AUGCCCAUGGAAAGAUCGGUGAGCCCUGAAUCGGAUCCCGAUGCGCCGUUCAAGGUGAGCGACUCGUUGGCUCCUCCGCGGAUCCACAAAACCGCGGGGACCACGGCCACGACGUUUGACGGGCUCCUCCCAGAGCCUUUGUUGCUGAAGGAGGAUCUGAAGAAUGGCUGCGGUGGUCAGCUAUGGCCGGCAGGCAUGGUCCUGGCUAAAUAUCUCCUCUCACAACAUUCGAGAGACAUGUCCGGGAAAUCAGUCGUGGAGUUGGGCGCCGGAGGAGGCCUUGUCGGGCUGGCUGUAGCGCGCGGAUGUGAAGUUGGGGUCCCCCUCCACAUUACGGACCAACUGCCUAUGUUCGCUCUGAUGGAAGACAACAUCCACCUCAAUCACCUUGGUUCGACUGUGGUGUCGUCCAUUUUGAACUGGGGGGAGCCUCUACCGGCCCAUAUUCCCCCGAAGCCAGACAUCAUUCUCGCUGCCGACUGCGUCUAUUUUGAACCCGCAUUCCCCCUCCUCAUCGCCACCCUGCACGAUCUCCUGGGCCCCAAUUCGGUGUGCUACUUCUGCUACAAGCGACGUCGACGAGCAGACCUACGGUUCAUGAAAAUGGCCAAGAAAGCUUUCGACGUGCAGGAGAUUCGUGAUGAUCCCGAUGCCGAAACCUAUCGCCGGGAAUCCCUCUUCCUCUAUACGAUCCGUCUCAAACCCACCCCGAACUCACAGAUACCCCCCAACCCUGCACGACCAGCAGUUGCCGAAGCAGAGAAACACACAGUGCAUGUACCCAUAAAAAUUUAG